CCUAUUACUAGAGUAUACCUCGUAGUUUUACUCCACUGUCCCUCCAUGAAGCUCAAUUGCCAUUGCUAUUAUAACAAGAUAAAUACCCGAGACGUGAAGUCCGGUUUGUCUCCCUGUUGUCGUUUGUCUUCGUUCACGCGCUACAUUCUGUUAAAGAAACUUUCCCACCAUGGCUACGAUCGUAUUGGGUGUUCAAUGGGGAGAUGAAGGAAAAGGCAAACUUUGCGAUAUCCUCAGCUCCGAUGUUCAGAUUUGCGCUAGAGCCACCGGCGGGCGAAACUGUGGUCACACUGUUGUUGCUGCAGGAGUAUCAUACGACUUCCACAUGCUGCCAUCGGGACUCCUUCAUCCGUCAACAAUAAAUAUAAUUGGACCUGGUGUUGUCCUGCACGUACCUACUUUCUUCUCCGAGCUUGCUAGCAUCGAAGCGAAAGGAGUCGUAAAUGCCCAACAGAGACUUAAAGUCUCAACGCGUUGCGCACUAAACCUUGAUCUUCAUGCAGCCGUGGAUCGUCUUCACGAAGUGCAGCUUGGCAAGAAGAACAUAGGCACCACAGGUAAAGGUAUUGGCCCUGCUUACAGCUCCAAGGCCGAGAGAAGCACCGUACUUCUCGCCGAUCUUCUUGACAAUGAUGAAUUCGGAGACCGAAUCAGGGCAACGGAGAAGGAUUACAAACUAAGAUUCGGCGGGGACUUGGCCGGAUAUGACGUCGAGGCGGAAAUCAAAGAGCUCGAGAACUUCCGUGAGAAACUCCGCCCCUUUUCCGUAGACGAUGUCGAAUUCCUCGAGGAGGCCCAGGAAAAAGGACAAAAGAUCCUCGUCGAAGGCGCGCAAUCAGCCCUGCUAGACAACACGUACGGAACCUGGCCCUAUGUAACGUCGACAACCACCACGUUCGGCGGUGUAAUGGCUGGGUUGAACCUCAACUACCGAAAGGUACACUCCGUCAUCGGCGUCCUGAAGGCGUACUGCACGCGAGUCGGAUCCGGCCCAUUCCCCACGGAAGACUUCGGCGACGUCAGCACCAAGCUCCAAGAAAUCGGACACGAGUUCGGCGUGACCACGGGACGCAGACGCCGCUGCGGCUGGCUGGAUCUAGUCUCGGCAAAGUACUCGAACAGCGUCAACCACUACGACUCCUUAAAUCUCACCAAACUCGACGUCCUCGAUACAUUUGAAGAGAUACAGGUAGCGGUAGCUUACAAGCAUCCCGAUACCGGCGAGCUCAUCAAAGGUUUCCCCGCCAGCGCGAAGCUCCUGUCCAGAGUCGAGGUCGUAUAUAAGACCAUGAAAGGCUGGAAUACCACGACGACCGGCACCAAGAACUUUGAAGACCUGCCCAAGGAGGCCCAGGACUACGUCACAUUCAUCGAAGACUUCCUCGGCGUCAGGGUCAAGUGGAUUGGAUGCGGACCCAGGCGAGAAGACAUCCUAACUCGCUAAUUCUGCAGCAAUUCCAUUUUAUAACAUCAGUUUCUUCCUGUUCCCCACCUACGUAACCCGAUAGACUACGGUUCAUAGAAAGUCAGGAGGCAGUGUCAGGUAUCCCCUUCACAAAAACAGUGAUUUCUUUAUCUAACUUACAGGUUUACUUAUAAAAAGUAUUUCUCUGGGAGAUCGGCUCGCUGAAUUUAUACCAGAAAAUAGCAUCCCGGAAUCAUCUAUCGUGAGAGCAAGUAUUCUUAUAACUAGAUCUUAUGACUAGAUCCGAGCUUAACAAUGAAUUGGUAGAGGGGCGAAAAUUGGGGUGGUGGGAUAGCCUAGAUGGUUAGCGAGGAGUUUAUUCGACUCGGCCGAGACAACUUGAGAUUGACAAUCUCAGAGGAUUCUUAGUUAUUUAGGUAAUAGAGAAGGUGUCUCGGUAUUUGUAGUUUGUUGUCCUGUUCAUUGCCCUAAAUUUGCGUGUGGGCAAUAAUAAC